AUGUCUACGAGAGCAAGGCGGCGCUUAAUGAAUGACUUUCGGAAAAUUAAGCAGGACCCACCACCAGGUGUAUAUGCAGUGCCUCAGGAUGAUAACAUUCUUCGCUGGCAUGCUGUCAUUUUGGGUGCUGAUGGCACACCCUUCGCCGACGGCAUUUUCAAACUCGUAAUGGAUUUCACUGAAAACUAUCCAAACUUGCCUCCUACGGUCAAAUUCGUUUCCAAAAUGUUCCACCCCAACGUUUACGCUGAUGGUGCGAUCUGUCUAGACAUUCUACAAAAUAUGUGGUCUCCUUCCUACGACAUCGGCUCCAUACUAACAUCUAUUCAAUCUCUCCUUGGUGACCCCAACCCAAAUUCGCCGGCUAACACCAUAGCUGCAGAAUUAUUUGAGGAAAAUACUAGGGUUUACGAAAUGAAAGUUCGCGAAGUUGUCGAGGAGUCCUGGAAAUGCGACGAUCCACUGGACCCAUCCUAG